CCGGAAGUGUGUCGGUCUCCAUUUCCCCGCGAGAAAAAUGGAGUAGAAUGCUGCAUCUAAAACUUCUGUGAAAGAAACAAUUAAGAAAAUUUUAGAGUGUGAAAAAUGAUGCCAAGAAUGAUGCGUCCAAGACCACCAGCUCCUAGACACGGUGGGCCCGGUCCAAUAGGCCCUGGACACAGAGCUCCAAGGGGAAUGGCUCCACAAAUGAGUACACAAAGUUAUAGUUCUGGGCCAGCUGCCAAUGUAGGAAGUGUGACAAAUGACCCCAAUACAGCCAGGUCCAGAGUUUUUGUAGGAAAUUUGAACACUAUUGCUCUUUCAAAGGAAGAUGUGGAAGGAAUCUUCAGUCGUUAUGGGAUUGUCACAGGACUUUCCAUGCAUAAGGGUUAUGCCUUUGUUCAAUACAGCAAUCAGCUGGAUGCUCGGCGAGCCUGUGGUGCUGAGGAUGGAAUGACUUAUGCAGGACAAGCUCUAGAUAUCAAUAUUGCCUCUGAGCCAAAGCACAGACCAAAUCAAAAGACAACACCCACUUCACAGACUUCCAGUGGUGCGUCACGUCUCCUCAGCACACAGAGUGGUCCUCCAGCCAAGAAGAUGAGGACAGACUCAGGAACGGGGGGCAUCAAGAGGACACUGGUGAAUCUUACCUCUGGAAACAGUUCUACCGCUCCAGCCAGCAAAACUAUUACUCAGCUUGCACAGGCUGCCAAAGAUGUAUUGAUUUGUGGUGUGUGUAAGACGUCAUUCAGCAGUCUCCAUAGUCUAGCCCAACACAAGAAGACGCCGUGUCGACUUAAGAUCUCCUGUCAGUGUCAGAGUACCCCUCCUCCAGAGUCCCCUGAGCCUUCCCAGCUGGUGUGUGCAACGUGUAAUGCUGAGUUUGCAGCGGCAUGGGAACUCUGUCAACAUGCACAACAAGAACAUAACCUCAGCAUAUACAAAGUGGAGGAAGAAACAGUUGAGGUUACUGUUAAAGAGGAGGUUGUACUGGUGGAUGGUGAGAGUAAUGAAGUGAGUGAGAAUGGUCAGUAAAUAUCAGGAAGCUACAACAGAGGAGUGGAUCCAAAGGACAGUAUGGGGCAUGUGACAACACACACUUUUCAUUUAACCCUCACUUUGUAACAUAUUUUCCCAUAAAUGGACAACUACAAUGUAUAAACUUUUUUCCUCAUUGUAUUUUCUUGUCUCUUUGCCUAUGAACUGUUUUUAUCAUUCAUUUAAAUGAUCAUGUUAUCAAUGACUCAUAAUGUGUACAGAACUGGUGUGUAACUUGCUCAUGUUUCUUUACAUUCAUUGAAAUUUUUAGCAAGAUGGAAUUGUUUUGCGUAUUGUGUCUUUUUUGUGAAUAAGCAUGUUCAUGAUCUGGUUUUUACUGUGGAAUCAUUCUUGUUAAGUUCAUCAUUUUUUGUCAGAGUUGUAACUCGAAAUUGCUUAUAAAAGGCUUACUGUUAGAUUAUUUGUUAUUCGAAAAAUAAGGUGUUCAUAUCAUGAAGUGUGGUAAUGAUCUUCAUAAAUUGAUGUUUUGCAAUUUGAAAAUAUUCAUGUUCCCUCGAUUACCUUAGUUAAUUGGAGUAUCAAUUCAUUGUAGAUCUUCCUGUAUACUUAAAAUUUGAAGAUAAAAAAUAACCCAGCCUCCAGUAGUAGAACUGAUAAUACUUUUUGUUAGAUUUGUUUCCUUUUUUUCGAAGAAACUUCAUAUUGCAGGAGUAUUAUGAUUUUUAUUGAAAGAAUAAUUAAAAGUAUUUUUAAUUUUUACGAAUUUCAUUUUCAGACAUGUUUUUCAGUAUUGUUUCGUAUAAAUUGAACUGGAUUGUACUUGUAAUUUUUUUGUCAAUAAAUUUUGGGCUGGUA